UGCUGCCCAAGACUACAAAUCCCAUCACACACCGCGCUUCCGGCUCUGGUGGGAGUGGAGGGGAGGAGAGACCCGGCUUUUGCGGGACGAGGAGCUGAGGAGGGCGGACAUGGCCGCUGAUGCUGUUAGUGGCUGCGUUAGCAGCAGUGGCAGCUUCAGGUUUCCGGAAUACGAGAUCCCGGAGCUAAACACACAGCCCUUCCUCGUGCGUGCUGUGGGAGACCUGUGGAAGGAGAGGCUUCUCGGCGCCCGUGAUUUCUCCCUGGAGCCGCCCUCGCCCAGCAGUCUGGACGGGGCCGAAGCCGGAGCUGGUGAGGAAGAUGUGGCCGUGGCUGAGGACUUGGGCUGCAGCCCAGAGACCGCGGCCGAGCUGAGCCUCGUAUGUGGCCUGGAUAAGCUGAAAUACUGUGAAGAGGAAGAUGAUCCAGAAGUCAUUCCUGAAGACACCAACCUAGUGACAUUGGGACUUAGAAAGAGAGCCUUGGAGCGUCGAGAAGAAACCAUAACAGUAGAUCGUAUCUGCAGACAAGAAACCUUUGCUUAUGAAAUGGAGUCACAUGCCAUAGGAAAGAAGCCAUCAAAUCCAGCAGACUUGGUUAAUGAAGGAGAACUUAUCUUAACUCUGAAUAUCUUCUAUCCUGUUAUAUUUAGUAAGCAUAAAGAACGCAAACCUUAUCAGACCCUGCUUGUGUUGGGCAGUCAAAAACUCACCGAGCUAAGGGAUGCAUUUUGCUGUGCCAGUGAUCUUCAGAUUGGAGGAGAAUUCAGCAACACACCUGACCAGGCACCUGAGCACACCAGCAAGGAUCUUUACAAGUCAGCUUUCUUUUAUUUUGAAGGAACAUUUUAUAAUGACAAAAGAUACCCUGAAUGCAGAGAUUUAAGCAGAACAGUAAUUGAAUGGUCAGAGUCCCAUGAUCGAGGAUAUGGGAAGUUCCAGGCUGCUAAAAUGGAAGAUUUCACCUUCAAUGACCUAUACAUUAAAUUAGGUUUUCCUUACUUGUAUUGUCACCAGGGAGACUGUGAGCAUGUUGUCAUCAUCACAGAUAUAAGACUUGUACAUCAUGAUGACUGCUUGGAUAGGACACUUUAUCCCCUGCUUACCAAGAAGCACUGGUUAUGGACCAGGAAAUGUUUUGUUUGUAAAAUGUACACAGCCAGAUGGGUAACCAACAAUGACUGCUUUGCACCAGAGGACCCCUGUUUCUUCUGUGAUGUUUGUUUCCGAAUGCUCCAUUAUGAUUCUGAGGGCAACAAACUGGGGGAGUUCCUUGCUUAUCCUUAUGUUGACCCUGGAACUUUUAACUGAAGACACAACAGGGACACUAAAAACUUGUCUUGUUGAAUGCCCGUUUGAAAAGUAUUGCAAUACUACUUUUCUGAAAUGUAACUGCUUCCAGAUGCCAGCAGUUUCUUGGGCAUUAUUUUGACUUGUGAUAAUCCAUUUUUUUAAAUUCUCUUUUUGAUUGUUUUAAGUUUAAAAAUGUUUGGGCACAUGGUAUAUUAAAUUCUUAUUGCUCUGGUUA